AUGAGAAGCUCACACUUGCAUGGACAAACCAGAAUAACCCGCUUUCAACCACUACAGUACACACCUCCUGAGAGAAACAGAGAGCAGUGAAGCUGCCAUGCCUGGUCAUGUUGGAGGAGAGCAAAGAACAUGGGGGUAGGAGCGGUAACUAUUAUUAUAUUAUGGAUGAAAACUUGGGACAUAUAGAGGACAUGUCAAAAAAGUAUGGGAGCAACUUUCUCAUUGAGAUACAGGGUGCACCUGGAGACGUUUUCUGGAAGUUUGUCUUGUCUCGUCUUGUCUCGCCUCAGGGUCUUGCUACACUUCCUCUUCAUCUGGCUGCCUCUUACAGAAGAGUAAAGAGCAUGCAGAGCAUGCAGAGCCUGCUGUCAACAGGGGCAGACCCUGAACUCAGGGACCAGCUCGGUCAAACCACUCUGCACUUGGUGAUAGCCGGUUGGCCGAGAAUCCUGACUAAUUGGCCAAAACCAGGCUCCAAGUUCCAGACCACUGUAAUCGGCGUGUGUAGGCAGGCAGAGGCCUGUCUACGGCUCCUCUGUGAGCACGGUGUUAACGUCAAUGCAGAGGUGGAAAGUUUAUCAUAUAGAACAUCAAAGUUUAUUUUUUUUUUACUAAUUUAAGCUCAUGUCUGUGAAACAUACACUUUAAAGAGCCUCACAAAUGCAAAUAAAUCCCUUUUGAAAUGUUUUUGCCAAAGGUGUGUUUCUUGUGGUUCCUCUCUAGGUGGAAGGGAGUCACCAGACAGCUCUCCACCUAUCAGUACGCUACGUGGCUCUGUCUGCUGUCCACAUUCUGGCCAGCUAUGGUGCUGAUGUUAAUGCUGUGGACAGCACUGGGAUGACUCCCCUGCACAUGGCUGCUGGGAUCCUCCAUAAAGACAUUAUGGCCAGCUUGAUCAAGGAGGGAGCAGAUAUAAACAUGGUUCGCAUUGUCCCCCUGUGCAUCAAAAUUUA